AUGGCCCAUGAGUUCAUCUUCCAGCCAUUCUCCACUGUUCCUGAGAUACAACAUCUCCUCUUCGCUUUCUUUCUUUUGCUCUACCUCAUCAUCCUUUUUGGUAAUAUCUGCAUCCUUUGGGUUAUCUGCACUGUCCAUUCCUUGCACACUCCCAUGUAUUUCUUCCUGGCUAACCUCUCUUUUGUGGAGACCUGUUAUGCCACUGUGGUAGUGCCUCAAAUGCUCUCUAGCAUUUCUGAUUUCCACAGAACCAUCCCAUUGGUGAACUGUGGCAUUCAGAUGUUCUUUUUUACGACACUAGGGAGCACUGACUGUUUUCUGUUGGCUGUCAUGGCAUACGAUCGCUACGUAGCCAUCUGCCACCCACUUCGCUACACCCUCAUCAUGACCUGGCGGGUAUGCAUAUGGCUGGUGAUUGGCUCCCUGAUCCUUGCCGUAGUUCUGUGUCUGGAGCUAACUGUCUUGAUUUUCAGCUUGCCUUUCUGUGGUUACCAACCCAAGAUCCACCAUUUCCUAUGUGACGUACCACCUAUGCUACAGCUGGCAUGUGCCGACACCCAUCUCCACCAGAUUGUGCUAUACAGUCUUAUUAGCAUCAUAGUUUUAAUAAUUCCCUUUCUUCUAAUAUGCAUCUCAUAUGUCUAUAUUGUGGCUGCCAUUCUUCAGAUUAAGUCCUCAUCUGGGCGGCAGCAGGCCUUCUCCACCUGUUCCUCCCACCUGACCGUUGUGAUCCUACAGUACGGCUGCUGCAGCCUUGUGUAUAUGCAUCCCAAGUCCAGCACUUCAGAGGAUGAGGAUAAGAAACUGGCUCUAAUAUAUACCUUUGUCACUCCCCUCCUGAACCCCCUGAUCUAUACCCUGAGGAACAAAGACAUGAAACAAGCUUUAAAGAAGGCCAUUAAGAGAAUGGUUUCAUCUCAGACUUGA